AUGAAGUUUUUAGUUUUAUUCUUCGCAGUUGUUUAUUAUUUUGAGAAAUACCAAGUGUCACUAGCAGACAAUCAUUCAUAUAAACAUUAUUCAAGACAUUUAGUUAAUGAAAAAAACUAUGAUAAUGAAACAUUAAUAGAUAGUGACGAUGAAAGUAACAUGUGUCAUUUAGCUGUAAAAUGUCCAAGUGCAUCAAAACUAACCUCAUACGACCAAGAUAAUCGUAAUCGUCGUUUUACUGUCGAUACUUUCUUAGCAAUGCAUGGUCCUCCAGGCCCAUCUGGUCUACAAGGUCCUCCAGGUGGUGUUGGGCCACGUGGCGCUGCUGGACCUCAAGGAGCAGUGGGUCGUUCAAAAGAGCCCGUACCUAUUAUAGCUUUUGUUGCUCAUCUUCAACAAAUGUUGUCGGUUGAAUCCAAUCGAUCAGAAACAAUCGUCUUUGAAAAUGUUGGCAUCAAUGAAGGAAGUAGUUAUAAUCCAAAAACGGGAAUAUUCACGGCUAUUCAUCGAGGCGUCUACAAAUUCAGUAUGACAAUUAUGGCACAGAUGGAUUCUAUCGCUACUGUGCGCAUUGUUCAUAAUCAAAAGGAUGUUCUGGGAAUGAUCCGAUGCGAUUGUCGACGUCGUUUUUCACAUGUUCGAGGAAAUGUCUAUGUAGAAUUGGAACCCAAUGAUGAAGUAAUGGUCGAAGCACUUGGCGACCCCAAUAAUCCUGGACAAUCUGCACCUCGCAAUAAUAUUUAUGGAUAUUCCUAUACACAUUUUAGUGGCGUACUUUUAUUUUUAACAAAUAAUUUUUAA